UCGAUCAUCACUACAGCAGCUCGAUCCAAUAAUGGCGGCGAUCAGCAGGAGCAGGAAGCAACAGGCCAUCAUCAUCACCUGCUUGCUGGUGGUGGUGGUACUUGUUCCGGCGCCGGCGUUGGCGUGCGGCGGGCACCCGUGCCCGAAGCCGGCGGGCAAGUGCCCGGUGAACGCGGUGAAGCUGGGCGUGUGCGCGGACGUGCUGGACGGGCUGAUCCACGCGGUGGUGGGGCAGCCGCCCAAGGAGCCCUGCUGCUCCCUCAUCUCCGGCCUGGCCGACCUGGAGGCCGCCGUCUGCGUCUGCCUCGCCAUCAACGCCAACGUCCUCGGCAUCGGCCUCGACGUCGCCGUCGACCUCUCCCUGCUCGUCAACUACUGCGGCCGCACCGUGCCCGCCGGCUUCCAGUGCGCAUAGCCAACUGCACAGUGUCAGUGUGCGCAUGCAUCCAUCCAUGAUCCAUCAGCGCUACCGCU